AUGCUCUUCGCCCAAGCGUUCCUCCUCCUCGCCGCCUCGUCAGCCACCUACGCCAUGAGCUGGGGCGACCAGUGCCAGCUUGGCAACACGGUCAACAUGGGCGUGUGCGACUCGACCUCGUCGUGCGCCAGCGUUGGCGGGAGCGCGUCGCCCGGCUUCUGCCCCGGCCUGCCGAACAAGAUUCAAUGCUGCUACAAGAAGGGCUGCUUCAACCCGCGCGCGUGCCCCGUCACACCUAUCCGGAACAGGUGCCCCGGCGGCAGCGACAACGUCUUCUGUCCCGGCUACAAUGCGUUCUGCACCAACCCCGCCCUGUGCACCGAGGCGCACCAGGGCAAAGGGUCACAGGCGACCGUCCUCACUGGGUUCUGUCCUUACGGUGCCGACUUUAAGCUUUGCAGGGUCAGGGCGUAG